CGGGCCCAGCGCGAGCUCCUCUCCACUGUGCACCAUGGUCCAGUGGUGGCUGCUGCUGUCCUGCUGCGGAGCCCUGCUCAGCGCUGGUCUGGCUAACACCUCCUACACCAGCCCAGGCCUCCAGAGGCUGAAGGACUCUCCGCAGACAGCCCCGGACAAAGGCCAGUGCUCCACGUGGGGGGCUGGUCACUUCUCCACCUUCGACCACCACGUGUACGACUUCUCGGGGACGUGCAACUACCUCUUCGCGGCCACCUGCAAGGACGCCUUCCCCACCUUCAGUGUCCAGCUGCGGCGAGGCCCAGACGGGAGCAUCUCGCGGAUCAUCGUGGAGCUGGGGGCCUCCGUCGUCACUGUGAGCGAAGCCACCAUCUCAGUCAAGGACAUCGGGGUCAUCAGCCUGCCCUAUACCAGCAAUGGACUCCAGAUCACACCCUUCGGCCAGAGCGUGCGGCUGGUGGCCAAGCAGCUGGAGCUGGAGCUGGAAGUCGUGUGGGGUCCUGACAGCCACCUCAUGGUUCUGGUGGAGCAGAAGUACAUGGGUCAGAUGUGCGGGCUCUGCGGGAACUUUGACGGGAAGGUGACCAACGAGUUUGUCAGUGAGGAGGGCAAGUUCCUGGAACCCCACAAGUUCGCUGCCCUCCAGAAGCUGGACGACCCCGGAGAGAUCUGCACCUUCCAGGACAUCCCUAGCACCCACGUCCGGCAGGCCCAGCACGCCCGGAUCUGCACCCAGCUGCUGACCCUGGUGGCCCCUGAGUGCAGCGUGUCCAAGGAGCCCUUCGUGCUAAGCUGCCAGGCGGACGUGGCCGCAGCCCCCCAGCCAGGCCCUCAGAACAGCAGCUGUGCCACCCUGUCCGAGUACUCCCGCCAGUGCAGCAUGGUGGGCCAGCCGGUCCGCCGCUGGCGGGGCCCCGGCCUGUGCUCCGUGGGUCAGUGCCCGGCCAACCAGGUGUACCAGGAGUGCGGCUCGGCCUGCGUGAAGACCUGCUCCAACCCACAGCACAGCUGCUCCAGUUCCUGCACCUUCGGGUGCUUCUGCCCGGAAGGUACGGUCCUGAAUGACCUCUCCAAUAACCACACCUGCGUGCCCGUCACCCAGUGCCCCUGUGUGCUCCACGGCGCCAUGUAUGCCCCCGGGGAGGUCACAAUAGCCGCCUGCCAAACCUGCCAGUGCACCCUGGGCCGCUGGGCGUGCACAGAGCGGCCGUGCCCCGGACACUGCUCCCUGGAAGGUGGCUCCUUUGUUACCACGUUUGACGCCAGGCCCUACCGCUUCCACGGCACCUGCACCUACAUCCUCCUCCAGAGCCCCCAGCUUCCCGAGGAUGGUGCCCUCAUGGCUGUGUACGACAAGUCCGGCUUCUCACACUCCGAGACCUCCCUGGUGGCUGUGGUCUACCUCUCCAGGCAGGACAAAAUUGUGAUCUCUCAGGAUGAGGUGGUCACCAACAACGGAGAAGCCAAGUGGCUGCCAUACAAGACUCGCAACAUCACGGUCUUCAGGCAGACGUCCACCUACCUCCAGAUGGCCACCAGCUUCGGGCUGGAGCUCGUGGUCCAGCUGCGCCCCAUCUUCCAGGCCUACGUCACUGUUGGGCCCCAGUUCAGAGGUCAGACCAGAGGGCUCUGCGGCAACUUCAACGGGGACACAACGGAUGACUUCACCACCAGCAUGGGUAUCGCCGAGGGCACCGCCUCGCUGUUUGUGGACUCCUGGCGGGCGGGGAACUGUCCGGCCGCUCUGGAGCGUGAGACUGACCCCUGCUCCAUGAGCCAGCUCAACAAGGUGUGUGCGGAGACCCACUGCUCCGUGCUGCUGAGGACAGGCACGGUGUUCGAGAGGUGCCACGCCACAGUGAACCCUGCACCCUUCUACAAGAGGUGCGUGUACCAGGCCUGCAACUACGAGGAGACCUUUCCCCACAUCUGUGCCGCCCUGGGCGACUACGUACACGCCUGCUCCUCGCGGGGCGUCCUGCUCUGGGGCUGGAGAAGCAGUGUGGACAACUGCACCAUCCCCUGCACGGGUAACACCACCUUCAGCUACAACAGCCAAGCCUGUGAGCGCACCUGCCUGUCGCUGUCGGACCGUGCCACCGAGUGCCACCACAGCGCCGUGCCUGUGGACGGUUGCAACUGCCCCGAUGGCACCUACCUGAACCACAAGGGCGAGUGUGUGCGCAAGGCCCAGUGCCCGUGCAUACUGGAGGGUUACAAGUUCAUCCUGGCCGAGCAGUCCACUGUCAUCAACGGCGUCACCUGCCACUGCAUCAACGGGCGGCUGAGUUGCCUGCAGCGGCCACAGAUGUUCCUGGCCUCCUGCCAGGCCCCUAAGACCUUCAAGUCCUGCAGCCAGUCCUCCGAGAACAAGUUUGGGGCAGCCUGUGCCCCCACAUGCCAGAUGCUGGCCACCGGUGUUGCCUGUGUGCCCACCAAGUGUGAGCCUGGCUGUGUCUGCGCCGAGGGCCUCUACGAGAAUGCCGACGGGCAGUGUGUGCCCCCCGAGGAGUGCCCAUGUGAGUUCUCGGGGGUCUCCUACCCUGGAGGAGCUGAGCUCCACACUGACUGCAGGACCUGCUCCUGCUCAAGGGGGAGGUGGGCCUGUCAGCUGGGCACCCACUGCCCGUCCACCUGCACCCUCUACGGGGAGGGCCACGUCAUCACCUUCGACGGCCAGCGCUUCGUAUUCGACGGCAACUGCGAGUACAUCCUGGCCACGGACGUCUGUGGUGUCAACAAUUCACAGCCCACCUUCAAGAUCCUGACAGAGAACGUCAUCUGUGGGAACUCCGGGGUCACAUGCUCACGGGCCAUCAAGAUCUUCCUGGGGGGCCUGUCCGUGGUGCUGGCGGACAGAAACUACACAGUCACCGGGGAGGAGCCCCACGUGCAGCUCGGGGUGACGCCGGGUGCGCUGAGCCUUGUCGUGGACAUCAGCAUCCCCGGGAGGUACAACCUGACGCUCAUCUGGAACAGGCACAUGACCGUCCUCAUCAGGAUCGCCCGUGCCUCCCAGGAUCCCCUCUGCGGCUUGUGUGGCAACUUCAACGGGAACAUGAAGGACGACUUUGAGACGCGCAGCAGGUACGUGGCGUCCAGCGAGCUGGAGUUCGUGAACUCGUGGAAGGAGAGCCCGCUGUGCGGGGACGUGAGCUUCGUGGCGGACCCCUGCAGUCUCAAUGCCUUCCGGCGCUCCUGGGCCGAGCGCAAGUGCAGCAUCAUCAACAGCCAGACCUUCGCCGCCUGCCACAGCAAGGUAUACCACCUGCCCUACUACGAGGCCUGCGUGCGCGACGCAUGUGGGUGUGACAGUGGCGGGGACUGUGAGUGUCUGUGCGAUGCCGUGGCUGCCUACGCCCAAGCCUGUCUGGACAAGGGCGUGUGCGUGGACUGGAGGACCCCGGCCUUCUGCCCCAUCUACUGCGGCUUCUACAACACGCACACGCAGGACGGCCAUGGCGAGUACCAGUACACACAGGAGGCCAACUGCACGUGGCACUACCAGCCCUGCCUCUGCCCCAGCCAGCCACAGAGCGUCCCAGGCAGCAACAUCGAAGGCUGCUACAACUGCUCCCAGGAUGAGUACUUCGACCACGAGGAGGGGGUGUGCGUGCCCUGCAUGCCGCCCACCACGCCGCAGCCGCCCACCACGCCGCAGCCGCCCACCACAGGCUCACGGCCCACGCAAGUCUGGCCCAUGACGGGAACCUCCACCACCAUCGGGCUUCUCAGCUCCACCGGACCCUCACCCAGCUCUAAUCGCACCCCUGCCAGCCCCACCCAGACACCCCUCCUUCCAGCCACGCUCACGUCCUCCAAGCCCACGGCCUCCUCGGGAGAACCACCUAGACCAACCACGGCCGUCACCCCACAAGCCACAUCAGGGCUGCCUCCCACAGCCACACUGAGAUCGACAGCCACAAAACCCACAGUGACCCAGGCCACAACCAGGGCCACGGCAUCGACUGCCAGCCCAGCCACGACGUCCACAGCUCAGUCCACAACACGGACCACAAUGACACUACCAACCCCAGCCACAUCAGGGACAAGCCCCACGCUGCCAAAAUCGACCAAUCAGGAACUGCCAGGAACAACGGCCACCCAGACGACAGGCCCACGUCCAACCCCAGCAAGCACCACAGGCCCAACCACCCCACAGCCAGGACAACCCACGAGGCCCACAGCCACAGAGACCACUCAAACAAGAACGACUACUGAAUACACAACGCCCCAAACCCCACACACCACACACUCCCCGCCUACGGCGGGGAGUCCCGUCGCUUCCACAGGUCCUGUCACUGCAACAUCCUUCCAUGCCACCACUACCUAUCCAACCCCAUCACACCCUGAGACCACUCUUCUCACUCACGUUCCACCUUUCUCAACCUCUUUGGUGACUCCAAUUACUCACACAGUCAUCACCCCUACCCACCCACAGAUGUCCACUUCUGCCUAUGUCCACUCAACGCCAACAGGCACCAUUCCUCCACCAACAACAGUUAAGGCCACAAGGUCCACCUACACGGCCCCACUAAUGACGGCAACCACCAGUAGGACCAGCCAAGCCCACAGCUCACUCAGCACAGCCAAAACCUCUACAUCCCUCCACUCACAUGCUUCCUCCACACACCAUCCAGAAAUCACUCCAACUUCUACCACCAACAUGACUCCCAAGUCCACCAGUAGAGGCACUGGCACCCCUGUGGCCCACACCACCUCAGCCACCAGCAGCAGGCCACCCACACCUAUCACAACACACUCUUCACCUACCGGGAGCAGUCCCCUCUCUUCCACAGGUCGUAUGACUGCAACAUCUCUCAAGACCACCACUACCUAUCCAACCCCAUCACAAACUCACAUCACACUUCCCAUUCAUGUUCCAUCUUUCUCCACCUCAUCGGUGACUCCAAGUACUCACACAGUCAUCACCCCAACCCACCCACAGAUGUCCACUUCUGCCUCCAACCACUCAACGUCAACAGGCACCAUUCCUCCACCGACAACGCUCACGGCCACAGGGUCCACACACACAGCCCCACCGAUAACAGUGACCACCAGUGGGACCAGCCAAGUCCACAGCUCCUUCAGCACAGCCAAAACCUCUACAUCCCUCCUCUCCCAUGUUUCCUCCACACACCAUCCAGAAAUCACCACAAAUUCUACCACCACCAUUACUCCCAACCCCACUAGUACAGGCACCAGAACCCCUGUGGCCCACCCCACCUCAGCCACCAGCAGCAGGCCACCACCACCCUUCACCACACACUCCCCACCUACAGAGAGUAGUCCCCUCUCUCCCACAGGUCCUAUGACUCCAACAUCCUUCAAGACCACCACUACCUAUCCAACCCCAUCACACCCUCACACCACACUUCCCACUCACGUUCCACCUUUCUCCAGCUCGUCAGUGACUCCAAGUACUCACACAGUCAUCACUCCUACCCAUGCACAGAUGUCCACUUCUGCCUCAAUCCACUCAACGCCAACAGGUACCUUUCCUCCACUGACAACGCUCACGGACACAGGGUCCACACACACAGCCUCACCAAUGACGGGGACCACCAUUCGGACCACCCAAGCCCACAGCUCAUUCAGCACAGCCAAAACCUCUACAUCCUUCCUCUCACAUGCUUCCUCCACACACCAUCCGGAAACCACACCAACUUCUACCACCAACAUUACUCCCAAGUCCACUAGUGCAGGAACCAGCACCCUUGUGGCCCACACCACCUCGGUCACCAUCAGUGAGCCACACACAUCCUUUACCACACAUUCACCUUCGGGGAGCAGACCCAGCUCUUCCACAGGUCCUAUGACUACAACAUCCUUCAAGACUACCACUACCCAUCCAACCCUAUCACACCCUCAGACCACAAUUCCCACUCACGUUCCACUUUUCUCCACCUCCUUGGUGAACCCGAGUACUCACCCAGUCAUCAUCCCUACCCAUACAGAGAUGUCCACCUCCACCUAUAUGUACUCAACACCAACAGGCACUAUUCCUCCACAAACAACAGUCAAGGCCACAGGGUCCACCCACACGGCACCACCAAUGACAGCAACCACCAAUAGGACCAGCCAAGCCCAAAGUUCCUUCAGCACAGCCAAAACCUCUACAUCCCUACACUCACAUGCUUCCUCCACACACCAUCCAGAAGUCACCCCAACUUCUACCACCACGAUUACUCCCAAGUCCACCAGUACAAGCACCAGCACCCCUGUGACCCACACCACCUUGGCCACCAGCAGCAGUGCACCCACACCCUUCACCACACACUCCCCACCUACGGGGAGCAGUCCCAUCACUUCCACAGGUCCUAUGACUGCAACAUCCAUCAAGACCACCACGACCUAUCCAACCCCAUCACACCCUCAGACCACACUUACCAUUCAUGUUCCACCUUUCUCCACCUCAUCAGUGACUCCAAGUACUCACACAGUCAUCACUCCUACCCACGCACAAAUGUCCACUUCUGCUUCUAUCCACUCAACGCCAACAGGCACCGUUCCUCCACUGACAACGCACACGGCCACAGGGUCGACACACACAGGCCCACCAAUGACGGGGACCAUUAUUCAGACAAGCAAAGCUCACAACUUAUUCAGCACAGCCAAAACUUCUACAUCUCUCCACUCACAUGCUUCCUCCACACACCAUCCUGAAACCACACCAACUUCUACCACCAACAUUACUCCCAAGUCCACUAGUGCAGGAACCAGCACCCCUGUGGCCCACACCACCUUCGCCACCAGCAGCAGGCUACCCACAACCUUCACCACACACUCCCCACCUACAGGGAGCAGUCCUGUCUCUUCCACAGGUCCUAAGACUGAAACAUCCUCCCAGACCACCACUACCCAUCCAACCCCAUCACAACCUCAGACCACACCUCCCACUCACGUUCCACCUUUCUUCACCUCCUUGGUGACUCCAAGUACUCACACAGUCAUCACCACUACCCACACACAGAUGUCCACUUCUGCCUAUAUCCACUCAACGCCAACAGGCACCAUUCCACCACCUACAACGCUCAAGGCCACAGGGUCCACCCACACAGCGCCAACAAUGACGCUGACCACCAGCGGGACCAGCCAAGCCCUGAGCUCAUUAAACACAGCCAAAACCUCUACAUCCUUACAUUCACACACUUCCUCCACACACCAUCCUGAAGUCACCUCAACUGCUACCACCAACAUCACCCCCAACCCCACCAGUACAGGAACUGGGACACCUGUGGCCCACACCACCUCAGCCACCAGCAGCACACUAACCACACCCUUCACCACACACUCCCCACCUACAGGGAGCACUCCCAUCUCUUCCACAGGUCCUGUCACUGCAACAUCCUUCCAUGCCACCACUACCUAUCCAACACCAUCAUACCCUCAGACCACACUUCCCACUCACGUUACAUCUUUCUCCACCUCCUUGGUGACUCCAAGUACUCACACAGUCAUCACCCCUACCCACGCACAGAUGUCCACUUCUGCCUCCAUCCACUCAGCGCCAACAGGUACCAUUUCUCCACCAACAACGCUCAAGGCCACAGGGUCCACCCACACAGCCCCACCAAUGACGGCGACCACCAGUGGGACCAGCCAAUCCCCAAGCUCAUUUAGCACGGCCAAAACUUCUACAUCCUUAUCUUACCACACUUUCUCGACACACCAUCCUGAAGUCACCCCAACUUCUACCACCACCAUCACCCCCAAACACACCAGUACAGGCACCAGAACCCCUGUGGCCCACACCACCUCGGCCACCAGCAGCAGGCUAACCACACCCUUCACCACACACUCCCCACCUACAGGGAGCAGUCCCAUCUCUUCCACAGGUCCUGUCACUGCAACAUCCUUCCAGACCACCACUACCUAUCCAACCCCAUCACACUCUCAGACCACACUUCCCACUCACGUUCCACCUUCCUCCACCUCCUUGGUGACUCCAAAUACUCACACAGUCAUCACCCCUACCCAUGCACAGAUGUCCACUUCUGCCUCCAUCCACUCAACGCCAACAGGCACCAUUCUUCCACCGACAACGCUCAAGGCCACAGGGUCCACCCACACAGCCCCACCAAUGACAGUGACCACCAGUGGGACCAGCCAAGCCCUGAGCUCAUUCAACACAGCCAAAACUUCUACAUCCCUACAUUCACACACUUCCUCCGCACACCAUCCUGAAGUCACUCCAACUUCUACCACCACCAUCAACCCCAAACACACCACUACAGGCACCAGAACCCCUGUGGCCCACACCACCUUGGCCACCAGCAGCAGGCUACCCACACCCUUCACCACACACUCCCCACCUACAAGGAGCAGUCCCAUCUCUUCCACAGGUCCUGUCACUGCAACAUCCUUCCAGACCACCACUACCUAUCCAACCCCAUCACACACUCAGACCACACUUCCCACUCACAUUCCACCUUUCUCCACCUCCUUGGUGACUCCAAGUACUCACACAGUCAUCACCCCAACCCACCAACAGAUGGCCACUUCUGCCUCCAUCCACUCAAUGCCAACAGGCACCAUUCCUCCACUGACAACGCUCAAGGCCACAAGAUCUACCCACACAGCCCCACCAAUGACGCCGACCACCAGUGGGACCAGCCAAGCACGGAGCUCAUUCAGCACAGCCAAAACCUCUACAUCCCUACAUUCACACACUUCCUCCACACACCAUCCUGAAGUCACCCCAACUUCUACCACCAUCACCCCCAAACCCACCAGUACAGAAACCGGCACCCCUGUGGCCCACACCACGUCAGCCACCAGCAGCAGGCUACCCACACCCUUCACCACACACUCCCCACCUACAGGGAGCAGUCCCAUCUCUUCCACAGGUCCUGUCACUGCAAUAUCCUUCCAUGCCACCACUACCUAUCCAACACCAUCACACCCUCAGACCACACUUCCCACUCACGUUACAUCUUUCUCCACCUCCUUGGUGACUCCAAGUACUCACACAGUCAUCACCCCUACCCACGCACAGAUGGCCACUUCUGCCUCCAUCCACUCAACGCCAACAGGCACCAUUCCACCACCAACAACGCUCAAGGCCACACGGUCCACCCACACAGCCCCAUCAAUGACGGCGACCACCAGUGGGACCAGCCAAUCCCCGAGCUCAUUUAGCACGGCCAAAACUUCUACAUCCCUACCUUACCACACUUCCUCGACACACCAUCCUGAAGUCACCCCAACUUCUACCACCAUCACCCCCAAACCCACCAGUACAGAAACCGGCAACCCUGUGGCCGACACCACGUCAGCCACCAGCAGCAGGCUACCCACACCCUUCACCACACACUCCCCACCUACAGGGAGCAGUCCCUUCUCUUCCACAGGUCCUAUGACUGCAACAUCCUUCCAGACCACCACUACCUAUCCAACCCCAACACACCCUCACACCACACUUCCCACUCACAUUCCACCUUUCUCCACCUCCUUGGUGACUCCAAGUACUCACACAGUCAUCACCACUACCCACGCACAGCUGUCCACUUCUGCCUCCAUCCACUCAAUGCCAACAGGCACCAUUCCUCCACCGACAACGCUCAAGACCACAGGGUCCACCCACACAGCCCCACCAAUGACGCCGACCACCAGUGGGACCAGCCAAGCCCCGAGCUCAUUCAGCACAGCCAAAACCUCUACAUCCUUACAUUCACACACUUCCUCCACACACCAUCCUGAAGUCACUCCAACUUCUACCACCAACAUCACCACCAACCCCACGAGUAUAGGAACUGGCAUACCCGUGGCCCAAACCACCUCGGCCACCAGCAGCACGCUACCCACAUCCUUCACCACUCACUCCCCACCUACAGGGAGCAGUCCCAUCUCUUCCACAGGUCCUGUCACUGCAACAUCCUUCCAGACCACCACUACCUAUCCAACCCCAUCACACCCUCACACCACACUUCCCACUCACGUUCCACCUUUCUCCACCUCCUUGGUGACUCCAAGUACUCACACAGUCAUCACCGCUACCCACGCACAGAUGGCCACUUCUGCCUCCAUCCACUCAAUGCCAACAGGCACCAUUCUUCCACCGACAACGCUGAAAGCCACAGGGUCCACCCACACAGCCCCACCAAUGACGCCAACCACCAGUGGGACCAGCCAAGCCCCGAGCUCAUUCGGAACAGCUAAAACCUCUACAUCCUUACAUUCACACACUUCCUCCGCACACCAUCCAGAAGUCACCCCAACUUCUACCACCAUCACCCCCAAACCCACCAGUACAGCCACCAGAACCCCUCUGUCCCACACCACCUUGACCACCAGCAGCAGGCUAACCACACCCUUCACCACACACUCCCCAUCUACAGGGAGCAGUCCCAUCUCUUCCACAGCUCCUGUGACUGCAACAUCCUUCCAGAACACCACCACCUAUCCAACCCCAUCACACUCAGAGACUACACUUCCCACUCACAUUCCACCUUUCUCCACCUCCUUGGUGACUCCAAGUACUCACACAGUCAUCACCACUACCCACGCACAGAUGGCCACUUCUGCCUCCAUCCACUCAACGCCAACAGGCACCAUUCCUCCACUGACAACGCUCAAGGCCACAGGGUCUACCCACACAGCCCCACCAAUGACGCCGACCACCACUGGGACCAGCCAAGCACGGAGCUCAUUCAGCACAGCCAAGACCUCUACAUACUUACAUUCACACACUUCCUCUGCACACCAUCCUGAAGUCACCCCAACUUCUACCACCAUCACCCCCAAUCCCACCAGUUCAGGAACUGGCACCCCUGUGGCCCACACCACCUCAGCCACCAGCAGCAGGCUAACCACACCCUUCACCACACACUCCCCACCUACAGGGAGCACUCCCAUCUCUUCCACAGGUCCUGUCACUGCGACAUCCUUCCAGACCACCACUACCUAUCCAACACCAUCACAGCCUCAGACCACACUUCCCACUCAUGUUACAUCUUUCUCCACCUCCUUGGUGACUCCAAGUACUCACACAGUCAUCACCCCUACCCACGCACAGAUGGCCACUUCUGCCUCCAUCCACUCAACGCCAACAGGCACCAUUCCACCACCGACAACGCUCAAGGCCACACGGUCCACCCACACAGCCCCAUCAAUGACAGCGACCACCAGCGGGACCAGCCAAUCCCCAAGCUCAUUUAGCACGGCCAAAAUUUCUACAUCCCUACCUUACCACACUUCCUCGACACACCAUCCUGAAGUCACCCCAACUUCUACCACCAUCACCCCCAAACCCACCAGUACAGAAACCAGCACCCCUGUGGCCGACACCACGUCAGCCACCAGUAGCAGGCUACCCACACCCUUCACCACACACUCCCCACCUACAGGGAGCAGUCCCUUCUCUUCCACAGGUCCUAUGACUGCAACAUCCUUCCAGACCACCACUACCUAUCCAACCCCAUCACACCCUCACACCACACUUCCCACUCCCAUUCCACCUUUCUCCACCUCCUUGGUGACUCCAAGUACUCACACAGUCAUCACCACUACCCACGCACAGAUGGCCACUUCUGCCUCCAUCCACUCAACGCCAACAGGCACCAUUCCUCCAUCGACAACGCUCAAGGCCACAGGGUCUACCCACACAGCCCCACCAAUGACGCCGACCACCAGUGGGACCAGCCAAGCCCCGAGCUCAUUCAGCACAGCCAAAACCUCUACAUCCUUACAUUCACACACUUCCUCUGCACACCAUCCUGAAGUCACCCCAACUUCUACCACCACCAUCACCCGCACCCACACCAGUACAGGCACCAGAACCCCUGUGGCCAACACCACCUCGGCCACCAGCAGCACACUACCCACAUCCUUCACCACACAUUCCCCACCUACAGGGAGCAGUCCCAUCUCUUCCACAGGUCCUAUGACUGCACCAUCCUUUCAGACCACCACUACCUAUCCAACCCCAUCACACCCUCAGACCACACUUCCCACUCACAUUCCACCUUUCUCCACCUCCUUGGUGACUCCAAGUACUCACAAGGUCAUCACCCCUACCCAUGCACAGAUGUCCACUUCUGCCUCCAUCCACUCAACGCCAACAGGCACCAUUCCUCCACCAACAACGCUCAAGGCCACAGGGUCCACCCACACAGCCCCACCAAUCACAGUGACCACCAGUGGGACCAGCCCAUCCGCAAGCUCAUUUAGCACAGGCAAAACCUCUACAUCCUUACAUUCACACACUUCCUCCACACACUAUCCUGAAGUCACCCCAACUUCUACCACCAACAUCACCCCCAAGCCCACCAGUAUAGGAACCAGCACACCCGUGGCCCACACCACCUCAGCCACCAGCAGCAGGCUAACCACACCCUUCACCACACACUCCCCACCUACAGGGAGCAGUCCCUUCUCUUCCACAGGUCCUGUCACUGCAAUAUCCUUCCAUGCCACCACUACCUAUCCAACCCCAUCACACCCUCAGACCACACUUCCCACUCAUGUUACAUCUUUCUCCACCUCCUUGGUGACUCCAAGUACUCACACAGUCAUCACCACUACCCACACACAGAUGGCCACUUCUGCCUCCAUCCACUCAACGCCAACAGGCACCAUUCCUCUACCAACAACGCUCAAGGCCACAGGGUCCACCCACACAGCGCCAACGACGCUGACCACCAGCGGGACCAGCCAAGCCCUGAGCUCAUUCAACACAGCCAAAACCUCUACAUCCCUACAUUCACAAACUUCCUCCACACACCAUCCUGAAGUCACCCCAACUUCUACCACCAUCACCCCCAAUCCCACCAGUACGGGAACCGGCACCCCUGUGGCCCACACCACCUCAGCUACCAGCAGCAGGCUAACCACACCCUUCACCACACACUCCUCACCUACAGGGAGCAGUCCCUUCUCUUCCACAGGUCCUAUGACUGCAACAUCCUUCCAUGCCACCACUACCUAUCCAACACCAUCACACCCUCAGACCACACUUCCCACUCACGUUCCACCUUUCUCCACCUCUUUGGUGACUCCAAGUACUCACACAGUCAUCACCACUACCCAUGCACAGAUGGCCACUUCUGCCUCCAUCCACUCAACGCCAACAGGCACUAUUCCUCCACCUACAAUGCUCAAGGCCACAGAGUCUACCCACACAGCCCCACCAAUGACGCCGACCACCAGUGGGACCAGCCAAGCCCCGAGCUCAUUCAGCACAGCUAAAACCUCUACAACCUUACAUUCACACACUUCCUCUGCACACCAUCCUGAAGUCACCCCAACUUCUACCACCAUCACCCCCAAUUCCACCAGUUCAGGAACCGGCACCCCUGUGGUCCACACCACCUCAGCCACCAGCAGCAGGCUAACCACACCCUUCACCACACACUCCCCACCUACAGGGAGCACUCCCAUCUCUUCCACAGGUCCUGUCACUGCAACAUCCUUCCAUGCCACCACUAACUAUCCAACACCAUCACACCCUCAGACCACACUUCCCACUCACGUUACAUCUUUCUCCACCUCCUUGAUGACUCCAAGUACUCACACAGUCAUCACCCCUACCCACGCACAGAUGGCCACUUCUGCCUCCAUCCACUCAACGCCAACAGGCACCAUUCCACCACCGACAACGCUCAAGGCCACACGGUCCACCCACACAGCCCCAUCAAUGACGGCGACCACCAGUGGGACCAGCCAAUCCCCAAGCUCAUUUAGCACGGCCAAAACUUCUACAUCCCUACCUUACCACACUUCCUCGACACACCAUCCUGAAUUCACCCCAACUUCUACCACCAUCACCCCCAAACCCACCAAUACAGAAACCGGCACCCCUGUGGCCGACACCACGUCAGCCACCAGUAGCAGGCUAACCACACCCUUCACCACACACUCCUUACCUACAGGGAGUAGUCCCUUCUCUUCCACAGGUCCUAUGACUGCAACAUCCUUCCAGACCACCACUACCUAUCCAACCCCAUCACACCCUUACACCCCACUUCCCACUCCCAUUCCACCUUUCUCUACCUCCUUGGUGACUCCAAGUACUCACACAGUCAUCACCACUACCCACGCACAGAUGGCCACUUCUGCCUCCAUCCACUCAAUGCCAACAGGCACCAUUCCUCCACCGACAAUGCUCAAGGCCACAGGGUCCACCCACACAGCCCCACCAAUGACGCCGACCACCAGUGGGACCAGCCAAUCCCCAAGCUCAUUCAGCACAGCCAAAACCUCUACAUCCUUACAUUCACACACUUCCUCCACACACCAUCCUGAAGUCACCCCAACUUCUACCACCACCAUCACCACCAACCCCACCAGUACAGGAACCGGCAUACCCGUGGCCCACACCACCUCGGCCACCAGCAGCACGCUACCCACAUCCUUCACCACUCACUCCCCACCUACAGGGAGCAGUCCCUUCUCUUCCACAGGUCCUGUCACUGCAACAUCCUUCCAGACCACCACUACCUAUCCAACCCCAUCACACCCACACACCACACUUCCCACUCACAUUCCACCUUUCUCCACCUCCUUGGUGACUCCAAGUACUCACACAGUCAUCACCGCUACCCACGCACAGAUGGCCACUUCUGCCUCCAUCCACUCAAUGCCAACAGGCACCAUUCCUCCACCGACAACGCUCAAGGCCACAGGGUCUACCCACACAGCCCCACCAAUGACGCCGACCACCAGUGGGACCAGCCAAGCCCCGAGCUCAUUCAGCACAGCCAAAACCUCUACAUCCUUACAUUCACACACUUCCUCUGCACACCAUCCUGAAGUCACCCCAACUUCUACCACCACCAUCACCCCCAACCACACCAGUACAGGCACCAGAACCCCUGUGGCCAACACCACCUCGGCCACCAGCAGCACACUACCCACAUCCUUCACCACACAUUCCCCACCUACAGGGAGCAGUCCCAUCUCUUCCACAGGUCCUAUGACUGCACCAUCCUUUCAGACCACCACUACCUAUCCAACCCCAUCACACCCUCAGACCACACUUCCCACUCACAUUCCACCUUUCUCCACCUCCUUGGUGACUCCAAGUACUCACAAGGUCAUCACCCCUACCCAUGCACAGAUGUCCACUUCUGCCUCCAUCCACUCAACGCCAACAGGCACCAUUCCUCCACCAACAACGCUCAAGGCCACAGGGUCCACCCACACAGCCCCACCAAUCACAGUGACCACCAGUGGGACCAGCCCAUCCGCAAGCUCAUUUAGCACAGGCAAAACCUCUACAUCCUUACAUUCACACACUUCCUCCACACACUAUCCUGAAGUCACCCCAACUUCUACCACCAACAUCACCCCCAAGCCCACCAGUACAGGAACCAGCACACCCGUGGCCCACACCACCUCAGCCACCAGCAGCAGGCUAACCACACCCUUCACCACACACUCCCCACCUACAGGGAGCAGUCCCUUCUCUUCCACAGGUCCUGUCACUGCAACAUCCUUCCAUGCCACCACUACCUAUCCAACACCAUCACACCCUCAGACCACACUUCCCACUCACGUUACAUCUUUCUCCACCUCCUUGGUGACUCCAAGUACUCACACAGUCAUCACCCCUACCCACACACAGAUGGCCACUUCUGCCUCCAUCCACUCAAUGCCAACAGGCACUAUUCCUCCACCGACCACGAUCAAGGCCACAGGGUCGACCCACACAGCCCCACCAAUGACGGCAACCACCAGUGGGACCAGCCAAUCCCCAAGCUCAUUUAGCACGGCCAAAACUUCUACAUCCCUACAUUCACACACUUCCUCAACACACCAUCCUGAAGUCACCCCAACUUCUACCACCACCAUCACCCCCAACCACACCAGUACAGGCACCAGAACCCCUGUGGCCCACACCACCUCGGCCACCAGCAGCAGGCUACCCACACCCUUCACCACACACUCCCCACCUACAGGGAGCAGUCCCAUCUCUUCUACAGGUCCUGUCACUGCAACAUCCUUUCAGACUACCACUACCUAUCCAACCCCAUCACACCCUCAGACCACACUUCCCACUCACAUUCCACCUUUCUCCACCUCCUUGGUGACUCCAAGUACUCACACAGUCAUCACCACUACCCACACACAGAUGGCCACUUCUGCCUCCAUCCACUCAACGCCAACAGGCACCAUUCCUCCACCGACAACGCUCAAGGCCACAGGGUCCACCCACACAGCGCCAACAAUGACGGCGACCACCAGUGGGACCAGCCAAGCCCUGAGCUCAUUCAACACAGCCAAAACCUCUACAUCCCUACAUUCACAAACUUCCUCCACACACCAUCCUGAAGUCACCCCAACUUCUACCACCAUCACCCCCAAUCCCACCAGUACAGGAACCGGCACCCCUGUGGCCGACACCACCUCAGCCACCAGCAGCAGGCUACCCACACCCUUCACCACACACUCCCCACCUACAGGGAGCAGUCCCUUCUCUUCCACAGGUCCUAUGACUGCAACAUCCUUCCAUGCCACCACUACCUAUCCAACACCAUCACACCCUCAGACCACACUUCUCACUCACGUUCCACCUUUCUUCACCUCUUUGGUGACUCCAAGUACUCACACAGUCAUCACCCCUACCCACGCACAGAUGGCCACUUCUGCCUCCAUCCACUCAAUGCCAACAGGCACGAUUCCUCCACCGACAACGCUCAAGGCCACAGGGUCUACCCACACAGCCCCACCAAUGACGCCGACCACCAGUGGGACCAGCCAAUCCCCAAGCUCAUUUAGCACGGCCAAAACCUCUACAUCCCUACAUUCACACACUUCCUCCACACACCAUCCUGAAGUCACCUCAACUUCUACCACCACCAUCACCCCCAACCACACCAGUACAGGCACCAGAACCCCUGUGGCCCACACCACCUCGGCCACCAGCAGCAGGCUACCCACACCCUUCACCACACACUCCCCACCUACAGGGAGCAGUCCCAUCUCUUCCACAGGUCCUGUCACUGCAACAUCCUUCCAGACCACCACUACCUAUCCAACCCCAUCACACCCUCAGACCACACUUCCCACUCACGUUCCAUCUUUCUCCACCUCCUUGGUGACUCCAAGUACUCACACAGUCAUCACCCCUACCCACACACAGAUGGCCACUUCUGCCUCCAUCCACUCAAUGCCAACAGGCACCAUUCCUCCACCGACUACAAUCAAGGCCACAGCGUCCACCCACACAGCCCCACCAAUGACACCGACCACCAGUGGGACCCGCCAAUCCCCAAGCUCAUUUAGCACAGCCAAAAUUUCUACAUCCCUACCUUACCACACUUCCUCCACACACCAUCCUGAAUUCACCCCAACUUCUACCACCAACAUCACCCCCAAACACACCAGUACAGGCACCAGAACCCCUGUGGCCCACACCACCUCGGCCACCAGCAGCAGGCUACCCACACCCUUCACCACACACUCCCCACCUACAGGGAGCAGUCCCAUCUCUUCCACAGGUCCUGUCACUGCAACAUCCUUUCAGACCACCACUACCUAUCCAACCCCAUCACACCCUCAGACCACACUUCCCACUCACAUUCCACUUUUCUCCACCUCCUUGGUGACUCCAAGUACUCACACGGUCAUCACCCCUACCCACGCACAGAUGUCCACUUCUGCCCAUAUCCACUCAAUGCCAACAGGCACCAUUCCUCCACCAACAACGCUCAAGGCCACAGGGUCCACCCACACAGCCCCACCAAUGACAGUGACCACCAGUGGGACCAGCCAAACCCACAGCUCAUUCAGCACAGCUACAGCCUCUUCUUCCUUCAUAUCCUCCUCAUCUUGGCUGCCUCAGAACUCUAGCUCAAGGCCACCAUCAUCACCUAUCACCACACAACUCCCCCACUUGAGUUCUGCAACCACUCCUGUUUCCACAACUAAUCAGCUGUCCUCCUCAUUUUCUCCCAGUCCUUCUGCCCCCUCUUCUGUUUCUUCCUAUGUGCCCUCCUCCCACUCCUCUCCCCAGACUUCAUCGUCUUCUGUUGGCACAUCUUCCUCUUUCAUGUCCGCCCCCGUGCACUCCACAACCCUGAGCUCGGGGUCACACUCCUCAUUGUCCACUCAUCCCACGACUGCAUCAGUGUCUGCAUCUCCUCUUUUUCCUUCUUCUCCAGCUGCCUCUACUACCAUUAGGGCCACUCUCCCCCACACUAUCUCCUCUCCUUUCACCCUCUCUGCUCUACUCCCCAUAUCCACUCUUACCAUGUCUCCCACCCCAUCCAGCCACCUAGCCUCCAGCACCAUUGCAUUUCCGUCCACGCCCAGGACCACGGCCAGCACCCACACCGCCCCUGCCUUCUCCUCUCAGUCCACCACCUCGCGGUCCACUUCUCUCACCACCCGAGUUCCCACAUCAGGCUUUGUGUCACUCACCUCGGGGGUGACGGGUAUCCCCACCUCUCCAGUCACCAACCUUACCACCAGGCACCCUGGUCCCACCUCGUCGCCUACCACGCGGUUCCUGACCAGCUCCCUCACUGCGCAUGGAAGCACCCCUGCUUCUGCCCCGGUAUCUUCUCUCGGGACACCUACGCCCACCUCACCCGGGGUCUGCAGCGUGCGGGAGCAGCAGGAGGAGAUCACAUUCAAGGGGUGCAUGGCGAACGUGACAGUAACCCGCUGUGAGGGCGCCUGCAUUUCCGCUGCCAGCUUCAACAUCAUCACCCAGCAGGUGGACGCCCACUGCAGCUGCUGCCGCCCCCUCCACUCCUAUGAGCAGCAGCUGGAGCUGCCCUGCCCCGACCCCAGCACACCUGGCAGGCGGCUCGUACUCACCCUGCAGGUGUUCAGCCACUGCGUGUGCAGCUCUGUGGCCUGUGGAGACUAGCAGGGUCGCUGCCUGCUCUCCUGGGGCUGAAGGACUGCAGAUGACAGACAGGAAAACACCCACCAGCCCCCUUCCCGCUUGUGCCAGCAGCUGCUUUCCUGGUCACCAGGCCUGGCCCCCAAGUGCCCUGGGCCGUGGCUCCCUGGGGCACCGGUGGGAGAGGGGCUGCCAAGCAGGGGCUCAGACUACCAUACUCCUGCAGACCCUGAGCCAGCAGAGAGGGACUGAGGCGGGCAGUGGCCACAGACCCUCCCAGGCACACAGGGCACUCCCGACCACCCCUGCCCACCGUCCAACACCUCCCAGCCCCUGAACUUGGCCCCAGCCCUGCUGGGCCCAGAACCCUGCAGAUGAGGCCACAGAGCAGGCGCUCGACCACACCCAUCAGGGGCGAGGAGGGCAUGGAAACCUGUGCCGAGAUGGGGGCAAGAGGCCCAGGCAGCCACCAGCACAGAGAAGAGGAGCUCCCCAGAGUCAGGGAGGGCAGAGGGUGGCAGCGAGGGCAGGGCAGCCGCCCCCGCUCCCGGCCAGGUGGAAGGCCCCCACCAGCACCACACCCAUCCCCAGCAGCCUGUCCUUGGGAGAGGGCAUCACCCGGUCAGAGACUCCAAAUAAACUGGUUCUUGUCAAGGCACA